AUGGCGGCGAAGAGGCUGCGGAACGAGACAGACGACGGCGACUCGGAGAUGUUGCCGGGGGACAAGAGGUUGAGGAGCCUUCACUGCUUUGCAAAGUUAGUGGCCGCUCUGAUUCUCCAUUCUCCGCAACCGAACUCCUCAAUUCUAUCUCACGAUACUUCCGAGACCCAAGGAUAACCAUAUUUCUCAAAGAAAACCACACUACAGUUCACGACGGCCUUCCGGGGGCGAGCAAAUGAUCUCUGAACUCCUCGCUCCUCCCCUCCGGCUCCACGCUAAUUCAUCUCCUCCACCUACGUAGGAGUGACUGAACACCAGAAAGAGAGAUAAUUUAGGAUUGUUUCAUGUUCCCUUGAUUACCCGGUUGGCCCCGGCCCGUGUGAUCCGGCGGCCGGUCGAUCACGAACAUUGCCGGACUGAUCCGUGGCCAGCUCGUAGAAUAUUCUUGCUCGUGACCCUUGCUUAUGGAAGCCUGGGCCGGACUUUCCGAGGUAUUUCUGAUGGAUUAUCGCCUCUUUUUCAGAGCCGUUAGAGGGGUUCUUGCGGCGAACGAAUUCAAGCACUUCUCUAUCGUCUUGGAGCCAAUGAUCCGGAAAGUGGUAAGAUUUAUGGCCACCAUUAAUCCACUCUGAUAUCUGUGAACUUGGGUGCAAUAUUAUCCUCAUCCUGAUCAAAGAAGAGUAUACCAUGUUUGAUGCCUUAAAUGGAGCUCUUUGGGAGAAAUAAUGGCUGGAAUGAGCUGACAUCACCUUCCCGUUCUUGCCCAUCUCCAGGUGCAUGAGGAGGUGGAGCGUGGACUAUUCCAAGGCGUGAUAUCCCUCCAAAGGUGACUACAAAAUUCCGUGGGCUUGUUUUUCUCAUAAGAAUAUCCGCCGACCCCCAGUCCUCUCUCUCUCUCUCUCUCUCUCGGAGUAUAGAAAAACCCGUGGGGUUAAUUGAUUAUCCACUGCCUAUUCAGACCUCCCCGGAUGCAAGUCCAAGCAGCGGAGUGUACCACUCUGAUGCUCGUCUUCGAGAAACCGUUGACUCUCCCGAUCUUCACUGGGAGCAAGGUUGAAGACGAGGAGGGGAAACCUCUUCGUGUGACCCUCGUGGACACCAGCCAUGGAGGAAGGUCCUUGGUCAUGCUCCCAUCGCCGGUCAAGGUGGAAAUCGUCGUCGUUGAUGGGGACUUCCCCGGGGAGAGGGAAGAGUGGACGAAAGAGGAGUUCGAAAAGAACAUAGUAAAGGAGAGGACGGGGAAGAGGCCGCUGAUCACUGGAGACGUCAACUUCAUCCUCAGAGAAGGGAGCGCCACCAUUGGAGAGAUUAAUUUCACUGAUAAUUCUAGCUGGAUAAGGAGCCGACAAUUCAGGAUCGGUGCGAAGGUCAUUGGAGAGACCAGUGGAGGAAUGAGGAUCAAGGAAGCAAUUACAGAUCCCUUCAUGGUGAAAGAUCACAGAGGAGAAUGUAAGUUCAACUCUCUGUCUCUUUUCCUCUACAUUUCGGUUCUACGUCUAGUAGAUCCCUUCAUAUUCGGUUUCUUUAGUCGGAAAACUCUAGACAAAUCCACUGAUACGGCUUCCGUCAUAUGUACUACCUUAACUCUCUCUCUCUCUUCUCUCUCUCACCCUCCCGGCUUUUUAUUGGUCACCGCUCAUAAAUGAUGGCCAAAUGGAUGACGGAGAUGGUCAGACGAGCAUUCCCCAUCUCCAUCCCCAUUAUUAGGUGGGUCACUUGCAUCGGAUCAGGCAUGAGGAUGCCUGAUCAUCGCCUCGCAGAAACCUAAACCUUGCUUGACCCCUAAAAAUGCAGCUUUACAUGUGCCCUCUAGAAGCUCACACCGGUAAAGACUGGAGAGAAAUACCCCAUCUUUCAGCCAUGAAAAUCGGCGGUGUCUCUCCAUCUCAGCAACCCAAUUGAGAAUUCCCCCCUGGGACAGUUUGGGGGCCGAUGGGGUCCCUCUCUCUCUCUCUCAUGCGACCCAGUCCUCUCUCUCUCUCUCUCUCUCUCUCGCCGACUCUCUCUCCCUCUGUCUCUUUCUCUUUCCCCCUCUCUCUGUCUCCCUCUCCCCAUGAGCCAGUACAGCUCAUACCAAACAAAAUGAAGUGAGACCCACACAUCCCGGGCGGAUCUCCUUACUGGCCAUUAAUGGAGAUUCCCAUGAUCUGAGCCUAACCUCCCCUUUGUGUCGUCUUUGACAGCGUACAAGAAGCACUAUCCGCCGGCUCGGUCUGACGAAGUCUGGCGGCUGGAGAAGAUCGGGAAGGACGGGGUCUUCCACAAGAGGCUGCAAGCCGAGAACAUCAAUACCGUUCAUGACUUCCUCGCCCUCUCCUUCGUCGAUCCUGAGCGCCUCCGAUCUGUAAGCAUUUCCUCCCCUCUCUGGGCCUUCCUUCCUUCCUUCCGCCGCCGGUCUCCCACUUCGACGAAAUGACUGAACUGCUUCUGCUUGUGGGAAGAUCCUCGGCCCGACCAUGUCGGAGAAGACGUGGGAGGCCACGCUGGCCCACGCGAGGACCUGCGACAUGGACAGCAGCCCCUGCCUCCUCCGGCGAGACCACCGCGUCCUCCCGUUUGACCCCGUCUGCGAACUCCGCGGGGUCCUCGUUAACGGCCACCCCCAGCCCAUCCACAGUCUCGGCAGUCCUAGGCGGGUGAGAUGUCAAACCCUAAUCCAUCCUCUCACUACCCAUCAGAUAAUCGAACCAUAUAUAGUUAGAGUUGCUUCGGAUUCAAUCCGAAAAUUACUAUUUGUGACUUUUGAGGUAGGCAUCUUUAAUAUCAUCCUCGAGCAUGCUUGUGCCCAUCGUCUGUCUGUGCCACUAAGAUAGGAGAGGGAUUUCUUCUGCCAUGCAGGCUUACAUGAGACACCUGGUUCAGGAGGCACACCGCCAUGGGCGCGACCCACGCGAGGCCAACGGGGUGAUCGGCCGAGUCGCUCUUUGGCAGCAAGGUAAGCAAAUCUCAGAGUCGUUUUACAUUGAAUAGGGCUAAUCAGUCCGCACCAACGAGAGACCGAAAUUAGUUUACUGAGUGAAAGGUUGAUUGCUUCACUCUGUAUUCACUUAGACGGACAGACAGAGAGAACGGGCAUACUGAGUCAGAAGUGAUCAAUAGCUUCUCUCUACGCUCUUGCUUGAGAGAGAGAGAUAGAUAGAUAGAUAGAGAGGAGAGAGAGGAGAGAGAGAGAGAGAGCUUCUCGAGCUUUUAAGUUUAACAUGAUGGAAGCCCGGAUCCGCAGUAGAUCGAGAUCGAGAAUACAUGAGGUCGUGUGAUUGAGCAUACAAAAUAAUUCUAGUUACGCUAUUACUGAGUAGACAUUCGUUCACGUUAUUCACAGGUGCAAUGGUGCCACAAAUCGGAUAUGACUCCUCGUCGUCGCCUUCCACCACCUUCCUGCCCACCUGCCAGGAAACCCCAAUGACCCCGGCCAACCUUGCCGGCGGAUUCGACGGCGAGACCAUCCACGGCAACCUGGAGCUCGAGUACGCCGCCGGGUGGAUCCCCGAUCUGGCGGCCGAUCAGAACAACCAUGGCUUCUUCGACGACUGCUGA